UUUGACUACAUGUGGCGGAGAGUUCUGUCGCCAUGGCGGCUGUCUACCUCAAACUCAAGUCUAAAACCCUAACACCUCUCCGGUCUCUCCGCCCCUUCUCAUCCUCUUCGUCGCCGCCGCCUCCCCCUCCCGAUGCCGAUGCAGACACUUCCGAGCCCUCGGCACCCUCUCCUCGCUCCUCGUACUCUUCCGUAUUCAGCGAUAUCAAGGAACGGCUGAAGGCCCCUCCCGCCCCUCCCCGCCGGAUCCCAGCCGAUCCACCUCCGCCUCCGCCUCUCUCCUCUCCGAGUUCCCAACCCUCCUCACUUGAUGAUAUCCGCAAGCACCUGGCCGAGUUCCGCCUCCGUGGACCUUCCGCCGCCGGUGAGCGCCCCGCGUCCUCUCCCUCCCUAUCCUUCCAGGAGAUCUUCAAAAGCAGCACUAUUUCGAAGGCCGGUGACGAUAUGGCUGACAGGAAGAGCCAAGGGUUGUCAUUUGACAGCAUUCGCGAGAGCCUCCGCCAGUUUAGGGACUCGUCCGCGCCGAGCGGCCUUCGGAGAGACAGCUUCCCUCCAAGACCGUUCAAUUUCAGCCCCUUCCGUGAAGACACUCGGAUCCGUGGAGGCGAGCCGGAGAAAGGCCCGUCUAUCCUCGGAGGAGAAAAUUUGCCCGAAUCCAUAUUCGGGAAAGAGUUGAGGGAGAAAGCCGAUCAGGGAGAAGCCAAAAAAGGUCCAAGGACAGAUUUUUUAAGGUCGUAUAGCCAUGAUGAGUUGGGGGAGAAGCUCCGCAUGCUGAGGCCUGAAGUAGCUGACAAGGGCAACAAGGAAUUCUCUUUGACAGAGUUGAAUGAUAGGCUGGCUAAGCUGAGGGAAGCAGAAGAGAAAGAAUCGGAAAUGAGGUUGGGUGGGCUAUCAUUCAGGGAUCUCCGAGAUAGCCUAGCGUCAAUCAGUCAGUCAGUAACCAAGAAGAACUCCAACAUUCAGAGAUUAACAAUCCUUUCAAAUCUUACUGGGCAACCUUUACCACAGUUCAUGCAAAACCCCCCUCAGGAACAUCUCUUAGAGAAGUAUUUCCAUCCCGAUAACAUGUCUUCUGCGGAGAAGAUGAAGUUGGAGCUAAAAGGGGUCAGAGAAGAAUUUAAAAUGUCUGAAUCGGAUUGUGGUUCUGUAAGGGUUCAAGUGGCGUUACUUACUACAAAAAUUAAGUACCUGAACAAUGUUCUACACAAAAAGGACAAACACUCGAGGAGAGGGCUGGUGCAGAUGUUCCAAACCAGAAAGAAGCUUCUUAAGUAUCUCAGAAGAACAGAUUGGGAUUCAUAUUGCCUGGUGUUGUCAAAGCUCAACCUCAAGGAUGUGCCAGAGUAUAAGAAACCAAAAUUCAAUACAGAGAACAAAAGCAAGCACAAAAGCAAGAAGAAGAAGAAGAACAAGAAGAGGAAACAGAAGGCCUGAAAAGAGAUUUGAUCUAUGAUGGCAAGGAGAGGAGAGGAGAGGAGAGGAGAGGCUACAAGGUGGAAACUGCUUUGCAAUGUGCUUUUUGAUGCUGGCGAACCGCACAGCUAGUCAGUAUAUUACGUGUUAUCAUGCAUCUAAGAACACCAUUCUUGAUAAGAUGUUGGUUUUGCAAUAAUGUUGGAAAUGAUUUCCUAACUCCAAGUUCUGAUUUUAUCAUAUUUUUCUUUUAUCCAGAAAGAGCUAGUUGAGGGUAGAAAUCAAGCACUUUUGGUGCCCUGUUCAAUUUGCAUUUGUCAAACGUAACUGCAUGACAUUAUAGGAUGUGAAGAUUUCUCUUUGUUUUUCUAAA